AUGUCAAACCCCCCAAACAUAACCCGUCCAGACCCCAAAAUCCCCCUCGCGCCCUCCCCCCUUCCCCCUCCCGGCCCAGCAGCCUCCGGCGCCGAGAUCGCAGCCCAGCUAAUGACCCUCUCCCGCUCCAACAUCUCCCGCCUCAAACUCAUCAAGAAGGUACGUCUGCAGGGAGACCUCUGGGAGCCGGAGGGCAUCGUCCGCCUGGCCCACUCGUCCGCCGCGGAAGAGGAGGAGAGGUUCUGGGUCUCGGCGGGGGAGUACACCGUGCCGACGCGGAAGUAUCCCGACGGCGAGAUCGUUGACGGGACGGAUCGGAGCGCGGGGGCGGGGUUCGCGCAUUUUGUGGUGUUUGACGGGGAGGGGACGCGGUUGGGGGAUUGGGUUGUGUCCGAGGAGGGAGAUCUCGAGUAUCACAAUGGAGGGUUGGAUUACGACGGGACGCACAUCUGGGCCACGCUCUCGCAGUACAGGCCCAACACCACCGGUACAGUCGUCAAGAUCGACCCUGCGGAGCUGAGGAUGGAGAAGGUGUUCAAAGUCAAGGAUCACCAGGGCGGCAUCGUCCACGACGUCGAGACGGAUUCGCUCUCGACGUUGAACUGGGGUGGACGGAAGGCACGGAGGUGGAAUCUCCGGUCUGCGAGCGCGGUCAAUGACGGACGGGAGCAGCGGCCGUUGGGAGACGUCCGCGAGGACGGCGCCCACUUCGAUUCGCCCGCGGCGGAGAUUGAGAACCCGUCGCACUGGAUCGAUUACCAAGACUGCAAGUCCUUGGGAGACGUGGGGUCGCGUCCGGUGAUGCUGUGCUCUGGAAUCGCGACGUUGGCGCCGGGAGUUGAUGUCGGCGGGCUGGCGAUUGUGGAUGUCGAGACCAUGGUUCCGAUAUGGGAGGUGCCGUUCAUGAAGAGGACGGAAGAGGGGAAGAGGGUGUUGAUGACGAAAAACCCGAUGGACGUCGCGCUUGUUGGGGGCAGGGUCAGGCUGUACUUUUCACCCGAGGAGGGGAGCAGUACGUUGUAUGUCUACGAGCUUGAGGAGUCAUGA